UUCUACAGGACAUGAUUGUAUAUGGUAAAGAAAUAGGCUCUCAUAUAGAGCUCGAACCAAUGCCGAACGAUUUGAAAAUUAUUGAAAUGGAUAUCAACGAAAAACAUUUGGAUAAAGAAAAAAUUGAAAACGAUGAUGAACUAACUGAAGCUUAUUAUAAGUUUAAAGGUUCAAAGCAAUAUGAUGUAGGAAUUUUUGAAGGUAUAAGGUUCUAA